AAGAAAGGUUUCACAGCUUGGAAGAAGUCUGACGCCAUUUUAGGCUCAAACUGUCGCCAGGCCUUCACUCGUCAUUCAAGAUGGCGAUCUUUAGUGUAUACAUUCUAAAUCGAGCAGGAGGACUUAUUUAUCAUUACGAUCAUUUUACACCCAAAAGCGAGGUGGAAAAGACAUUUAGCUACCCUUUAGAUAUAAUGCUUCGCGAAGAUGAUAAGUUGGUCGUAAUAUUUGGUGAAAGAGAUGGCAUAAAAGUUGGCCAUGCUUUGCUGGCAAUAAACGGUGAACCUGUAACAGGGAAACGCUUGCCCGACGGAAGAGAGGCAAUGGAAGUCAUAAAAAACCAAGAUAACUACCCAAUAUCCUUGAAGUUUGGUCGUCCAAAAUUGACAACAAAUGAACGGAUCAUGUUAGCAAGCAUGUUUCAUCCGUAA